GGGAACGACGGAGGCGACUCUUUAGCGACGCAUCGCGGCUACUAUAGUUACCAUCCAAUGUUAAUGACACGGAGUCACGGAAUUGUAUCAACGAUAAUAACCACGAAAAAUGGAGUUACCAAUUACGUAUUGUUUGUGUGGCCGUUCUUACGAUUCCGAACAAUUUAUGAUACAAUGUGACGUCUGCAAGGAAUGGUAUCAUGGGGGGUGUGUAUCUGUAAAAGAGUAUAUGUCCAUAGAUCUUGAUAAAUAUCACUGUCCACGUUGUGAAGCCAUGUGUGGGCCUUCACUCAUAAAAACAAGAUUGAAUUGGCACAGACACGAUUAUACAGAAUUGGAAUCGGAUACAAAACCUGUUCAAACUGGCACACCUGUAUUUAUAAGGGAAUUAAAGUCCAGACAUUUUCCUAAAGCUGAUGAAAUUGUUAAACACGUCAGAGGACAGCAGUUAACUCUCCAAUAUUUACAGACCAAUGGAUUUGAGAGUCCAAUUAUCAUAGAUGGAAAGGAUGGACUUGAUAUGAUUGUUCCCCCUCCUAAUUUCAGUGUUUACGAUAUAGAAAGUUAUAUAGGUGGAGAUCGAGACAUGGAUGUAAUUGAUGUUACUAGACAAAGUAAUAUAAGAAUGAAAUUAAGAGACUUUGUCGAAUAUUACAACUCCCCUUGCAGGACAAGGGUUCUUAAUGUGAUUAGUCUUGAAUUUUCAAACACUGGUCUUUCCCCAAUGGUCGAAGCACCAUACAUCGCGCGUAAACUCGACUGGGUCAAUUCAGUUUGGCCACGCGAUUGGUCCGAGGAUAGCGACAUAAAACGUCCUGAAGUACAAAAAUAUUGCCUAAUGGGAGUCAAAGACAGUUUCACAGAUUUCCAUAUCGAUUUCGGCGGCACGUCCGUGUGGUAUCACGUACUGCGCGGAGAAAAAGUGUUCUACUUGAUCAGACCCACGCCCGCUAAUAUGCAGUUGUACCAGCACUGGAUGUGCAGCUCGACUCAGAGUGAGACUUUUUUUGGAGAUCAGGCCGACGCGUGUUACAAAUGCGUGAUAAAGCAAGGACAGACCAUGAUGAUUCCAACAGGGUGGAUACACGCUGUGUUAACUCCAGUCGAUUCGUUGGUCUUUGGUGGGAAUUUUGUACAUAGUCUCAACAUUCCGAUGCAAAUACAAAUAUACGAAUUAGAAAAAAAAAUGAAGACUCCCGCCAAAUUUCAGUAUCCUGGUUUCGAGACAAUCAAUUGGUUUGCAGCAAAGAAAUUGUUAAAAGAACUGAAAGAAUUAAAUAACGAGGGAAAGAAAUGUCCGGCGUAUCUUUUACAGGGCGUUAAAGCGUUACUCAGUAUUCUCAAACAGUGGAACACAGACAAAGAUUAUAAUAUGAUCAGAAGAGGUCAAAUACCAGAAACAAUAAGUAGUCAGAAACUAUUAAAAGACUUUAGUAAAGAAAUACGUCACGCGGAACGAUACUUGAUAUCUUUGAAUCCUCCGAAGCCAGAACGGGAGAGCAAGCGCAAGAAAAAAAAACCGUUGAACAAAGACUUCGUGGAUUAUGACGUUGCUGAUAGAAUGGCCGAUAACCCGUUCAAAACAAUGUUAAAGGAAACAAAUAAAGUAGAAGCUACGAUUAACGAAUCACUGCCGUCCGGUCGACCACCGUUAAAAUUAACUUUACCAAAACCUAUUAUGUAUCCGUACGUUAAAACUCAGAGUGCAAUUGUCGACGAAAAGAACGGUAAUUCUCCCGUUGGCAAACGACCGUCGAAACCGGGGAAACAGAGCCCGACUGUAAUCAGAUUUAAACUCGGCAACAACGAAGUCGUGAGGAGUACGCACGACAACAUAAAUGUAUAUAACAGUUUAACUUCGGAUCAUCCUCUAGGGACGACGAAAGAAUUAACGUGGAAACAAACCUCUAUAUACGAUUUUCACGAUGGAAGUAACGAGAGUGAUUACGGUAGAUUCACGAUAGACGAAUCACCGAAACGAAAGAGAACGUCCAAGGCCGCUAACUCGAAGCGAUUGAAACGUGAUUACGACGGGGAUGUUGACGUUCUGAGCGAUGUACCAAAAAAUGGCAUUGAAGAACUAUUGAAAGCUUCGGCGUAUACUUUGGGAAACGGUGCUCAAAGACUGGACGUAACGUCUACAGUGAUUCCACAGUAUAGCCAACCUAUGCCACCGCCUACUGGUUCUGGCAGGGCAUCUCCAUCGACACGGGAAGCGAUCGCGGGGAUGUUGUCAUUCAGCGAGCAAUGUUAUUCGACCACGUCGAAUAGUACAUCGAAAUCAACAAAGACGACGAAAACACAACCAGACGACGACGACGACGAUCAGUCGAUAGAAAACAUCGACAAGGUUCAUCAGGACGAUGACUUCAUUUAUCCAGCUUUAGACGCGUCGGACGAUGAAGAUUAUAUCUUUAAAUCUAAAUCGAAGAGUCAAAUAGACGAGGCAUGGAAUCCGAAAGCUAGAUUGGGGCCUCUCUUGCCAAAGACAAAUCGUCCAGCUCGAGAAGGUGUAAAGAAAACGUCGGUUGAAAAAGGACUCGAAGCAGCCGCGGCAAAGCGUGCUAAACAAUCGGAUGAUUAUCUGGAUAACAACAUGGAUAAGGGCUCCAAGAAGAAAUUGAAUACAACUAAACGGACGUAUAAUAAAAGAAAACCGAAGAAUUCGCCCGUAACUUCGGCAUCUGGCACAUCGACUAUGUCUCCAGAAAAUACUGUUAAAACGAGCAUAGGAUUUGGUUCGAUAUUGACGAGCCCGAAUAGGCUAAAAGACGUUAAAGCGAAACUAGCAGCCCCAGUUCCAGUUGAACGAAAACCAAAGAAAGGAAUGAAAACAGCUAAACAACGCUUGGGAAAAAUUUUAAAGCUUCACAAAAUGAUGCACUAGAUAGUAAACAAAUAUACAGCGAAAAUAAUCUAAACAUCACG